UGGCCGGAAUUAGUGAAAACAAAUAGAUUUAUUUUUAAAAUAUUUAUAGAAUUAAAACAUGAAUUAAUUGGUACAAUUAUAAUCCCUACAUAUGGAGCAUUUACUAAGAGGAAAGUUUGGACGAGUAGUUAUUAGUUCAUACAGAAAUAAUCCAUUAAAAUAUGGACCUGCUGGUUAUACAAGUCGGAGUAUUGCCACAUUAUGGGCAGGAAGGGCUCUGGACAGAUCAAAACCUUUGUUAAAGUCUCAACAGUUUCAAGAAAGAAGAAAAUAUGGAAUGCUGGUUGUUAGGGCUUUAAGAGGUGUACUUAAAAUAAGAUAUCUUCUUCUUGGUGGAGCUCUUGGAGGUGGUGUUACAUUGCAGAAAAAAUAUCAAGACUGGAAGGAGGGGCUUCCAGAUUUGAAAUGGCUGGAAGAUGUGAUGCCAGAUAAUGUUAAAUGGCAACAGUUUAGAGGAUCUUUAAUACAGCUAAAGGAUUCUGUUAAAGAUAACAUUGAAAUUGAUCCACGUUUGAAGUCUUUAUCCGAGGCUAAAUAUAAGGAAUUUCGUUCAUGGUUUGAUCAGCGAUUAGAUGACGCUAUUGCAGCUGCAGAAAUUAACAAUCAAAAUGGAUCCCUUGCUAUUGAAGGUGCCUUCUCCAGCAUUUCACAAUUUCUAGACAGACUGUACUCAGAAACCAAAGAUGAAAUUAAGGAAAAAACGGUGGCGUACGCCCGUCCUUUUGCACAACCAAAUGUUGAUGAAGCUGCGAGGAAGGAAGCCCAACAAAGGCUUGAUGGUUUGCAGGAUGAAAUGAUGCAAACUCAGAUUAAGUACCAACGAGAGUUAGAGCGGUUGGAAAAGGAGAACAAAGAAUUAAGGAAGCAGAAUUUAUUGCUGAGACAAGGCCGCAAACCACCGACAAGACAAGUUAAACGCAGUUUAAUUGAUAUGUACAGUGAAGUCUUGGAUGAAUUGGCUGAUUAUGAUAGUGGUUACAACACAGCUGAUCAACUGCCAAGAGUUGUGGUUGUGGGUGAUCAAAGUAGUGGAAAAACAUCUGUACUAGAAAUGAUCGCACAGGCUAGAAUUUUCCCAAGAGGAGCCGGUGAAAUGAUGACAAGAGCUCCAGUUAAAGUUACUUUAUCCGAAGGGCCUUACCAUGUCGCCCAAUUUAGGGAUUCUUCUCGCGAAUUUGAUCUUUCGAAGGAAGCGGAUUUAUCUGAAUUACGAAGGGAAGUUGAACUUCGAAUGAGGAACAGCGUGAGAGGUGGAAAGACAGUGUCCAGCGAUGUGAUUUCAAUGACCGUCAAAGGUCCAGGUCUGCAACGCAUGGUUUUGGUUGACUUGCCCGGUAUCAUUUCAACUCAAACCACUGACAUGGCUUCUGAUACUCGCGAAAGCAUUAAACAAAUGACCCAAGCAUACAUGAGCAACCCAAAUGCUAUUAUUCUUUGCAUCCAGGAUGGCGCUGUUGAUGCGGAAAGAAGCAAUGUCACUGAUUUGGUAGCGCAGUGUGAUCCAUCCGGAAAACGAACUAUCUUUGUACUAACUAAAGUAGAUAUGGCAGAACAAAACUUAGCUGAUCCAAAUAGAAUAAGAAAAAUUUUGUCAGGAAAAUUAUUCCCGAUGAAAGCUCUCGGCUAUUUCGCAGUCGUUACUGGACGUGGUAGAAAAGACGAUUCCAUACAAACCAUCAAGGAUUACGAAGAAAAUUUCUUCAGAGGUUCAAAACUAUUCAAGGAUGGCUUAGUUAAAUCCACCCAAGUAACAACUCGAAACUUAAGUUUAGCUGUCGCAGACUGUUUCUGGAAGAUGGUCCGCGAAACAGUAGAACAACAAGCCGAUGCUUUUAAAGCAACCAGAUUCAACUUGGAAACAGAGUGGAAAAACAAUUUCCCAAGGUUGAGGGAGCAGGACAGGGAUGAAUUGUUCGAAAGAGCACGCACGGAAAUUUUAGACGAAGUCGUGAACUUGUCGCAAGUUAGUCCGAAGCAAUGGGAAGAUUGCUUGUUAAAUAAGAUUUGGGAUAAAGUUUCUGGACAUGUCUUUGAGAGUAUUUACUUACCAGCCGCUCAAACUGGAACUCAAGAAACGUUCAAUACAUCUGUCGACAUUAAGCUUAGGCAAUGGGCGGAGACUGCAUUGCCAGCUAAAUCUGUAGAAUCCGGAUGGGAGACGUUACAAACAGAAUUCCAACAAUUUAUUGAUAAGGCGAAGCAAACGCCAAAUCAUGAUGAUAUUUUCGAUAUGCUGAAGGGUGCAGUUAUAAGAGAGGCUAUGUCCCGUCAUGUCUGGGAAGAUAAAGCAGCUGAAGUAUUAAGAGUCAUACAAUUAAAUACUCUUGAAGAUAGGACUGUAAGCGAUAAACGUGACUGGGACCAAGCUGUGAAAUUCUUAGAGUCUAGUGUCAAAGAUAAGCUGAAAGAAACAGAAACAGACUUAAUGCAUUUGUUGGGCCCAUCGACAAAAGAACGUUGGAUGUAUUGGAAGUACUUAUCUGAAGAACAGAGUAAACGCAAUUCCGUUAAAUCAGAACUGGAUAAGAUCAUUUACUCUGAUGAUAAACAUCCACCUACGUUAAGUUACGAUGAACUUACUACUAUUAGGAAAAAUCUUCAACGAGGUAACAUCGAUGUAGAUAAUGUGUUUAUUCGUGAAGUUUGGAAUCCUGUCUAUCGUAGACACUUCUUGAAGCAAUCAUUAACUAAAGCGUACGACUGUAGACGCGCUUUCUAUAUGUAUCAUCAACAAAUGGACGUUGAUUGCGGUGAUGUUGUUUUAUUUCAUCGUAUACAGCAAAUGAUGAAAAUAACUUCGAAUGCUUUAAGACAGCAAAUCAUGAAUAGAGAAGCACGCCGAUUAGACAAGGAGAUUAAGGAAGUUCUAGAAGAUUAUAGUCAAGAUAAUUCAAAUAAGGAAAAACUACUAACAGGUCGAAGAGUGGUUCUAGCAGAGGAUUUAAAACGAGUGCGUCAAAUUCAAGAAAAAUUAGAAGAAUUUAUUCAGGCCUUAAACAAGGAGAAGUGAACCUAGUCCAUUAUAUUUUUUUUUAUGUUAUUUGGUUUAUUUUUAUCAUAUACAAUUUAUUUCGCUUAUUAUAUUUUAAUAAU